AUGGAGGAUAGUCAACAUUCGAUCUUUUUUUCGUAUCUGGAUUUCUCUUUCAUAUCGGUCCAUAUUCGCAAGCUAAUUCCUGUGGAACUCUAAUGUGUUCCGACUUCGAGAGGCAUCCCAUUCUACCAUGCCCUCAAAGCGAUUUCAGGAUUCAACAGAGUCGUUGAACAGACGAUUUACGAUGUCGUUCGAAAGGAAUCGGGACUCGGAAGAAAAGAUUCUGCGCUACAGGGUUGGAGAAAUGGGAGCAGCGAUCGGAUUACAGAGUUGGAGGUCCUCCAAAGAGAAAGAGGAACAAGAAUGAACAAUAGAACACCGAGGAGAUGGAACCCUAGAAUCCAGAUUACGGAUUAAACAACCCUCGAAUAAUCUAUUUUCCCUAUCUCACUAUCCUUUUCCCCUCUUUCAUCGUUCUCCGCGGAUUUUCUUGACAGCAAGACUUUCUGAGCAGCAAGAACAUUAACCACCGAAACCGUACAGGGUGCGGCCUUGCCUCUUCAGCGCGUAGACCACGUCCAUCGCCGUCACGGUCUUCCGGCGAGCGUGCUCCGUGUAGGUGACUGCAUCGCGGAUCACGUUCUCCAGGAAGAUCUUGAGGACGCCUCUCGUCUCCUCGUAGAUAAGGCCGCUAAUGCGCUUAACGCCUCCUCUCCUCGCCAGCCUCCGGAUCGCCGGCUUGGUGAUCCCCUGGAUAUUGUCCCGCAGCACCUUGCGAUGGCGCUUCGCGCCGCCCUUGCCCAGCCCCUUCCCUCCCUUACCCCUCCCCGACAUCCUCCCCCUUCCUCCCCUUCACGGAAAAGAAGUCCCACAGAAACCCUAGCAGAGGAAACCAAUGAACAGCACCAUCGGUAA